AUGGGUCCGAUUUAUGGAGUUCUCAUCUACCUCUAUAUAACCCAUCUUAUACUAGCAGGACUUCCCUUCACAGCACCCGACAACUUUACUUGCAGUUCUACUAACACCUCUACCAACACCUCUACCAACACCUCUACCAACCCCUCUACUAACACCUCUACCAACCCCUCUACUAACACCUCUACUAACACCUCUACCAACCCCUCUACUAACACCUCUACUAACACCUCUACCAACCCCUCUACUAACACCUCUACUAACACCUCUACCAACACCUCUACCAACCCCUCUACUAAACACAUCUACUCCAGCUGGACAGCAGGACUCUACCAGACCAGCAUUAACGAGACUGCUCUGAUGAGUAAGAGAACAAGUCACCUAGUGGGAGGAGGGAUUGGUGCAGUGGUGGGGUCCGGACUAGCUCUCACCAGUGUCUUCUCUACCAGGGUGAGAUGCAACAUGGUCCUCAUGUUACCAAGUCUGCUGACAAAGCGUGGGAGGAGCUUCAUGUUCAGCUUUGCACUGGCACUAGUGAUUGAGGGACCACUUUCCACGCUAGAACACAAUGUUCAAGAGGUAGUCCGUUCGUUCACCUGCAUGUACCGCGAGAUUAAAAGUAUGGCCGAAAGGUCCGUAGAACAGUUUGUUAAAAUCAUGGAGCAGUUUAAAAAACUCCUUGCUAUGAUGAACGACGCAUCCAAAGCUUAUCUUGCUCAGCUAGAGAGGGAUCAGUUUAUAAGUUUAAAGGAAGCAGUGCAAGAAUGA